AUGCUGUAUCUGAAUUCAGACCUGUCUGAUAAGGAUGCUGAGCCGUUCGUCGAGGUUUCUCCGACGGGACGGUACGGUAUGUACGGUGACAUGCUUGGCGCCGGAGCGAUGAAGAGGGUGUAUCGAGCUUUUGAUCAAGAAGAGGGUAGAGAGGUUGCUUGGAAUCAGGUUUCCUUGAAAAGAUUUCUGGAUGACGAGGCAAUGAUGGAUAGAUUGUACUCGGAGGUUGGGUUGUUGAGAAAUUUGGAGAACGAAAACAUCAUCACCUCGUUCGGAUCGUGGACGGAUCAUGAGCACAAGACGUUGAACUUCAUCACUGAAGUUUGCACCUCCGGGACUCUGAGGGAGUAUAGGAGGAAGCACCGGCACGUGUCAAUCAAGGCCAUGAAGAAUUGGCUGAGACAGAUAUUGAGGGGUUUAGAGUACCUUCAUUCGCAUGAGCCUUGCAUAAUUCAUAGGGAUCUUAACUGUAGUAACGUGUUUAUCAAUGGCAAUCUUGGCAAGGUUAAGAUCGGAGAUUUUGGGUUGGCGGAAAAGGUGGGGAAGAACCACGUGGCACAUUCGAUUGUGGGGACGCCGGAGUUCAUGGCGCCGGAGCUGUACGACGAGAACUACACGGAGACGGUGGAUAUUUAUGCGUUUGGGAUGUGUGUGCUUGAGCUGGUGACACUGGAAAUACCAUACAGUGAAUGUGGUUGUGUGGCCAAGAUAUACAAGAAGGUGUCCUCUGGGGCGAAGCCCCGGGCACUGAACAAGGUGAAAGAUUUGGAGGUGAAAGGAUUCAUUGAGAAGUGCAUUGCGCCGCCGUCUGAGAGAUCGUCUGCCUCUCAACUUCUCAAGGAUCCCUUCUUUGAUGGACUUGAUGAUGAAGACAAAUAUGAUACUGGUUUAGAUUGUUUUUUGCUUUCAGAAAUAUGUAGGCAAACUUGCUAGCUAGCUGUUCAA